AUGGAGCGAUGGGCUGUGUUCUUGAUGUAUUUCUUGUCCAUAUGUAAUGGACAGAUUGAGGAGCUACCAACGUGGAAGUUCUUGGUGACGUUAGAUGAUACACUGACUUUGCCUGCUGGCACCCACGGAUCAGACCUUAUGGCUGAUUCCGCAUUCACAAUAUUUGUUCAGAGACUUCUCUCCGGAGCGAUGGUGUUGCCCAUAACCCACAUUGCACCGUCGGCCUUCGUGCUCCAAAAUGCAACUGUUUUGGAGGAUGUUCACGCGGAAGCUGUCAAUGCAUAUGGCGGUGUUGCUCACGGAAAAAAGGCUGUCAGAUUCGUGGCAGAGCUGACGGUCAACAGCAGACCUGUUGCCCUCGAAAUUUGGCGGAUGCCUUCGCUGUCGCUGGCAGGACUUGCGCCGUGGCGUAAGCUGCAUGUAGAGACCUUGACAGACAUGUCGAUCUUCCAGUGA